AUGAUUCCACAACUAGUACGUGGUAAAAAAGGCAGUUUUAUUGCUGCAAAAAUUAUAUUGUUGGAUUUAUUUGUUGAAAUUCCAGGAGUUAUUCUAAAUGCACAACGAAAUGGUGACUGCGACAUCUCGGUAUUUUAUAGAUUAUUUACGUAUUAUACUCUUAUUUUCAUGAAAAUAUGCCUUUCAAUGGUAUUGAGGGCCAAAGAAGAACGUCGCAACCGGUUCGGUGUCAAUUCUUUGGAUUACGACCCAUAUCAGAAAAGAUUAUACACAGCCGGUCGAGACUCCGUGAUUCGUGUUUGGGACAUAAAACGCCAAUCAGACCCAUAUUUGCAAAGCAUGGAACACCAUGCUGAUUGGGUUAAUGAUAUCGUUUUGUGUUGUGACGGCGAGUAUCUGAUAUCCGCAUCAAAUGACACUACAGUCAAAGUUUGGAAUGCACGGACAGGUUUUUGUAUGUCCACCCUCCCAACACACAAAGAUUAUGUUCUCGUGCUGGCUUACGCGCAACACAAAGAAGAAGUUGCCAGUGCCGGUUUGGACCAUGCUAUAUUUCUUUGGGAUGUUAACACACUUCGCAAUCUAACGCCUAAAAACAAUACAGUUACAAACAUUGUCUGUGAGAAGAAUUUUGUUCAUCUUUUGAGGCGUUUCUCCUUGGAAUUAUUUAUUGUUGAUGUAAAGAAAUUGUUUAAUUCGACGUUAGGACAACGUUCACUUCAUAAAAAAAUACACUGUACUGCUCGACUGCAAUUUGGUGACUUUAAUUCGUUUUUUGUUAAAUGA